AUGAAUCCUUCGACGCUCGCCUUGAAACGAGUCGCACAUCAAUCUCUCCGCGCCACAGCGCAACGCCAGACUGCGUUAUACUCAAAUGCACGAUUCACGCAGCCUUCCCGUCGUCGCGGGGGAAAGCUUCUUGGAAUUGCUGCGGUGUUUGGCGUCGCGGCAGCUGGCGCAUACUAUUACCCACGCUUAAUGGCAACCAACGGCGCCGACGAGAACGUACGACCCAAGGCCGAGCUGGAAUUCGAACAACCACGACAGAGGGCCGUCUCCACAGAGGACUAUCGCGACCUCCUCAGCUCACAGCAUGUCCAAAUCAAGAAGAGCAUAGAACAUCCUGGUGUCUUCGCUUGGGGAUCCAAUGCCGGCAAGGUCAUUGAUCCCGAGUCCAACGAAAAAUACAUUAAACUUCCCCGACGAAUCGCCUACUUUGACGACCAGCUGCUGCGCGACCUGAAGCUCACAUCGGAAUUCGGUGCCGCUGUCACGGAGAGCGGUGACUUGGUACAGUGGGGUACUGGCUUCUCGCAAGCCGAUCCCAAGCCUAGCCUCACCCUUCGGGGCAAGGAUCUAGCCAAGAUUGAGGUAUCGGCCGACCGCAUCAUUGCGCUGUCGCGAAGCGGCAAUGUAUAUUCUGUACCAGCAUCUCGAAAUGAUGUCAAAGGCGGCUUCAAGCCAGACGAGCACAAGAACAGCUGGUCCUUCUGGAGCUCUCCCGGGAAAGCGGCGGUCAACUUCCGUGAUCUCACCCCUACUGGCUUGGGCUGGGGCGAGCACGUCACGGAUGUUCGAAGUGGUCUCGAGCAUGCCCUAAUUCUGACAUCCAAGGGCCGUGUCUUUGCCGCCGCUUCUUCGGCAAGCUCUUAUCCCUCCAAGGGCCAAAUGGGAAUUCCUGGCCUGUCCUGGGAGACACGCCCAGCUGGUCCGUACGACCAACCACAGGAGAUCAAGGAGCUCUCUGGAUUCCAAAUUACACAGAUCGCUGCCGGAGACCAUCACUCCGCGGUCCUUGAUAAGACGGGCCGCAUCUUUGCCUUUGGUGAUAACACCUUUGGCCAGCUGGGCUUUGCUUCAGAUGGAGAGCCCGUCAACUACAUCCCUGACAUGAUCGCUGUCGACCAGCUGUAUGCAAAGAGCGGCUUAGUGGCCAAUGUGACGUCUAUUGCUGCUGGCGGCGUCAAUACCUACUUCACCGUUGAUGCCGAGGCGCGAAAAACACAAAAUGCCAGCAAAGCUGUCCCGUCCAAGAGAAUGCCGCGCACCACAUCGGAUCUUUGGGCCACUGGCCAAGGCACCUACGGCACGCUGGGCACUGGAAAAUGGACGCAUGUUUCUACAGCUCCCACAAAGGUCAAGGGCCUCUCGGGCCUGUAUGAGUUUGACGAAAGCAAGAACGAGAUGCGCCCUAUCAAAGUCAAGGGGCUACAGAUUGGCACCACGCACUGCUCAGCCGUCAUGGACAAUGCGACACGAACCAGCGCCUCGAGCAAAUCAUCAGCAAAUGAAACAAACUGGGGCUCCGAUGUGCUAUUCUGGGGCGGAAACGAGCACUAUCAGCUAGGCACCGGGAAACGCACAAACAUGAAUGCGCCGACCUAUAUCGGUCCUCUGGAUGGUGGCGAUGCUGAUGGAGAGAAGGGCAGAAGGGGCGAAUUGCACCGCAUGUGCCUCACACCAAAGCAGACGGCUCGUCUAGGGAAAGAUGGCAAGGGCAGGAAGGCGACGCUCGAGCAAAAGGUCGAGUGUGGUCGGUUUGUGACUGGCGUGUACUCGGCUGUCUGA